ACUUUCAAAAUGGCGUCCUCCCGCUCGCUUGUUAGCUUCUGCAAGCGUGCUUACCUACAUAAAGGCCUUUCCAGGUGCCUUUCGGUUCAGACAUCCCCAGCCAUCGAUGCAUCAACUGAGAAAACGAGUGCCCCGAGAAGGCACCGCUCCCCGAUUCCGGAAAAACUGGCCGAAUACAGGUUUGUCUACCCUGAGUUUCUACCAGACCCAGACAUGAGCACAAGACACUACGCCAGGGAACGGCUGGAACGUACAGAUAUGCUCAAGCGGCGUGCCGUCAUUGAAAUUCCUGAAUUUUACGUCGGUAGUAUACUGGCGGUGACAGUCUCGGACAACAAUGCUCCAGGCAAACAGAACCGCUUUGUAGGCAUCUGCAUAGAUCGUCGUGGGGUUGGCCUGCGUCACAAUUUCACAGUGCGGAACGUUGUUGAUCACCAGGGAGUGGAGAUCAUGUACGACCUGUACAACCCGCUGCUGUUGAAGCUGGAGGUGCUGCGGCUGGAGAAGCGGCUGGACGAACACCUGCUGUACCUGAAGGAUGCCCUGCCCGAGUACAGCACCAUCCCCUUCGACAUGGAGCCCGAGUCCCACCCUGAGGGGGCCCCCGUGCCCGUCAACCCCAUCAAGGUGCAGCUGAAGCCCCGGCCGUGGGUGGCGCGCUGGGAGCGCUACGACCUGAAGGGGGUUCAGGACCUGGGCCUGCCCGAGCGCUUCUACCAAAAGGCGGCGGAGCGGGCCACGCCCUGGGAGAAGUUCGACCUCAUGAAGCAGUACCGGAAGGUGAUCCCCGAGGAGGAGCAGCUGCCCAUCUGGCAGGAGCUGGACAGGCACCGGGCUACCGUCGAGGAGGCCCAGAAAAGGGAGCGGAGGCGCCGUCUGCUCAACAAGGGGCCCCAGUGAGCCGCGCAGGCUGCCCGACUCGCACUCUGCAUUGCUUCGGACCAGCGUGUGGCAAAUGCCACGAGUGGGGUUCCGUGUUUUGGGGGCCUUAUUUUCUUUCGGCUUCGAAGAUGUGUUUUCUGGGGGGGGGGGGGUGGGGGGGGGGUAGAUUCCAAGGUUUGCAGCAUUCUUUUUUCGGCGUGGAACAAGAAAUCUGCAUUCGUUAGGGCUUCUGUCUUAGGGGCUGUCGUAUUUCCCUCAAAAUUCUUUUAACCGAUUGAAACACGCGUCACACAAUUAAAUUGUCCUGCCAAAAAAAAAAAAAAAAAAAACCUUUCAGCAAGAUAUUUACAUCAUGAGACUCGCAUCUCGAGUUGAAGGUGAUUCUGAAACGUGCUUAUAUUUGGAGACAUUGACCCCGGAAUAGAAGAAUGAUUUAGAGCCGCUCAGACGAGUCUUGCAUGCAAAUAUUGCGCUAGAAAAAGAAAACAAAAAGUUUUGGCGGAAGUUAGUUUUGCGACGUGUGUCCUGUCCGGAUAUUUAAAAAAAAAAAAAAAAAAAAGUGUUUUGGGAGUUUAAGGAGGUUGGAGCUUCCAAGCUUUAGGGAACAUCUGUGCGACCCGAAUGCCGGGAAACUGUCCCAGUAUCGACGAGAGAGGGAAAAGGAACCAGCCUAAUGGGGUUCCCAAAGAGAGCAGCAGCCUGGCAGACAUUCGGGCAGGCUGUGUUUCGAGUCAAGAAAAAAUAAAGCUGCGGGUAAAGAUACUUUUCCCAUGAAGUGUGGGCAUUUCUUGUUCAAAAACAGCUCUUAUUCUGGGUUUUUCGAUUUUCCCUAAUUUUGAGAAAACUGGUUUGAGGGUUAUUUUUCAGAGUUUAUCAGUAUAUGCCAGAAACACGGAACCCUAGCCUUGCAUCUUCGUAGCUUGGCACACUAACUGUGCUUGAUUAGCUUGAGUAGCCAUUAUACUUUGUCUCACCCUAUGGGCAGCUAAGUGCAAUCAAAAGCCAGUUAAGAAGCAAUAUAGUACCGCUUCAACAGGUGCAUCAGUCAAUGGGCCACUUGGAUGUGCACGCCAGAGCAACAUACCAUAGAUUUUCUAAAUUCUAAAUGACUCUCGACUGGACCAGACAGCUUGUAAGCGUCGGCAGUAGUCCGUCGUAGGAUGAUGCUAAGUGUGGUAUCGAUUGGUCCACCUUAAGUUGAAACAGUGUAGCUGGCAGGAAAUCGUAAUCAUGGUGGACACAGUCAUAACUAACACCCCUUGGUACAGUUGAAUCUCGUUAAUUCAAACUAACAUGCAGGUCCCAUCCUCUGCGUCUGUAUGGGAGGAAACGCCAGGUAAUUCAAACUCUGCUUUAUUCAAACAAAUGUUGGAUCACCCUCAAAUUAACGAGAUUCGACUGAAUAACGUGAACUUCAUGAAAUGAUGGAAGGAGAUGCAUGUGUCCCGCAAUGUCUCAGGAAGAAAUCUCCCGAUGGUCGUUUGUUUUGCUGGCAUGUUCUUAUUGAAGUAUGUUGCAAGCAGAACACAUCUGGACAUCUGUAAAAAGUGCAUGUAGUGUGCCAAGAAACUAAUUAAAAUCAAGCAUAGAUUAAAAAAGAAAAAAGCUUUGAAUUGAGUUUAAUAAAAGUUGACUCAGUUGUA